CCCAGAAUCAGGUGAACUGUCACACGCAGCUGCCUGUAAGACUGGCCCGCUUCCAUUUUACAGGUGGAUGCUCAGCCUCAGAAGAACUACUGUCAAGUGGAAACACAAUUUCUCUUCGGGUGUUUGAAAACAAACGGGAAGAUGUCUGGAUUUUUCCAAAUGCUGAGAAAAAGGAAGGAACUCAUCCCUCUGAUAGGGUUCAUGGCUUUUGCUGCAACAGGAGCCACCUCUGCUUCCAUCUACUUUCUGCUUACUAAACCUGAUGUCAUUUUGAAUAAGACCAGCAACCCAGAGCCAUGGGAGAGGCUGGACCCAUCAAAGCCCCAGAAGCUUAUCACCAUCAAUCAGCAGUGGAAACCCGUGGAGGAGCUGGAGAUAGUGAAGAGCCUCACGAAGUGAAAGAGCCGGGUUUCUCCUAAGAGUCUGACGACGUGUGUGCCCUCACACCCCCCACCCCCCAUUAGUCUAACAGAAUCGUUUCUGCACAGACUAGGACGCUUUGACACUCAGUGUGCGGAAAUGCUUCUGCUCAACUGGUGGGGUUCACCCUGCUCUGUACUGACCUUUCUCAAGAACAUCCAUCACAUCAAUAAGCCAAAUGUGGUAACUGGCAACCCUUUGAGUCUAAGCAUAACUGUUAUCUUACUCUAGGUCUCUGUCAGUAUGUAUUAUUACAGAAGUAUAUGUUCUUGAGUUUAUUUUAUUCAGGUUUUGCCAAGGUCAGUGGUCCAUAUGCCCUUAUUGUAGAUGUGAAUGUACAAUAGUGCCUCAAUGUAAAAGACAAUGUUCAAUCAUGUAAUGUACUGUACAGUGAUAAUAAAUUAUGUUUAACUUUUGCUAUCA